UUUUUUUUUUUGACUCUACAACCCCGCCACGAUAAGGGAAACCCUGCCAUCCGUUGUCGUCGCACCUAGACAUGCUGUCCUUUUUGACAGCUACUUUUUCGAUUACUCGCCACUCCCCUUAUCGUGUACUCGCUCUCCGUUAGCCCCUCGUCCCCCUCAACUCCCCGUCAUCCGAUCAGCGAUUGUCAACGAACCAUUGGCCUCGAAUAAGUGUGUAUACAAAGAACGGAGGGAAGGAAGGAAGGAAAAGAAAAAGGAAUAACACAGAAAAAAUGGACAAUUCCCUAUCGACCACACCUCAAAUCGGGUCGCCCGGCCUGCCGAAGAAUGUCCCCGCAAUCCAUCAACAUUCCGACUCGAUGGUGACAGUCCCCUUGUCCGACAUACAAUCCAAUUCAGAGCAUACGCAGCCCGAUUGGCGGACACUUGAUAUUCCUCAGACCCCGGUCGAAGUUACUUCCCCCACAGAAGAAAGCGUAGACGCCGACGAACCCACGACGAAAACUACGCCCACGCGGGACUCAAAACCGAUUCUACAACCACAUACAUACCGUGCGUCGAUAGUUUCGCGAAGUAGUGAGGAGAUUUUUCGCGGGGAGGCCGAUGGAGUAGACUGGAAGGAAUUGGAGAAAUCAGAAGAACAAGAACCGCGUGGGGAGGGAUCCGAUGAGUCCACCUCCCUUCUCUUGGCUCGCUUGGAGCAGGAGAACAAUGCUCUGGCGACCGAUCCCAAGGCAGGCCUGCAAGCACAGCAGUUUCGAGGAGUGAGGAAGUCCCGAUCGCAGUCUUUGCGUCAGGUUAAGCAAUUGAUCAACGACGAUCCCCGAUCGCUGCGAUACUCCCAGCUCCCUCCCCCUCCGAUGACUGAGCUUGAAUUCUGGGCUGCCCUGGUCGCAGAUUACCCACAAACAGCGCAGCGACUGCCGACUCUGACGUCGAAUAAGAUCCGUACUGGUAUUCCGCCUCCUUUGCGAGGGGUUGUAUGGCCUAGCCUGGCUGGAGCUCGAGACACGACCUUAUUAGCCGAAUACCAGAGACUUUGCGGCGAGACGAGUCCAUACGAAGGACUGAUUGGCAAAGACAUCGGCCGUAGUUUUCCCAAUGUAGAGAUGUUCCGCGAUCCUCAUGGGGAAGGGCAGCAGAUGCUCGCUCGAGUGCUGAAGUGUUUCAGCCUCUAUGAUACGAAAAUCGGCUACUGCCAAGGUCUAGGUUUCGUUGUUGGUCCGUUGUUGAUGCACAUGACAGACGCUGAAGCAUUUUGCGUCCUUGUCCGGCUCAUGGACCACUAUGAUAUGCGCACAUGCUACCUUCCCGAUUUAUCGGGGCUUCAUCUUCGUGUGUACCAGUUCCAAAACCUUCUCGCCCGUCUCCGCCCGACGUUGUUUGCGCACCUGGAGUCGCUACACGUUGAACCAAUCUACGUGUCGCAGUGGUUCUUGUCGUUCUUUGCGGUCGCGUGUCCGAUGCCGAUGCUUCUGCGGAUCUAUGAUGUGAUCUUCCUCGAAGGUGCCUGCGAAACACUGAUGCGAGUGGCGCUGUCGCUCAUGCAGCGCAACGAGAAGAAAAUCAUGGCCUGUGCGGAGUUCGAAGACGUCAUGCAGCUUCUCUUGUCCAGGAGCUUGUGGGAUACGUAUGCUUGCCACGCCGACGAUUUUGUCAACGACUUUGUCUCUUUAACUUCGCUGGUAACCAAGGAUAGUCUGCAGACGCUGGAAGCCAGCUACAAGUCCCAAGGAGUGCCGACCGGCAUUUCCUUCCCACAGAUGCAAGCCGCGGCGUCCCGCUUCCUGGGCCGUUUCUGGGCGGGGUCUAGUUCUCCCACCUCUGCCAAGCCGUUUACCCUCAAUCCUAAUCACGCUAGCACUUCGGCCAGCAUUCGUCGCACCACUUCCAAACAAAGCAUGACUUCAACCCUCAAUUCAAUUGAAUCCACGUCGGACGCCAGCACCGCUCCGACGGAGCUGUCCACUGACGCGCCGAAGCCGCGCGUGAAGUCUGUCAUGUCUCAGCACAAAGAUCGUGACCUCCACACGCAGAUCGAAGACCUGCUCAUGGCCCUCAGUGACCUACAGCGACAGCACGCGGACCUCACCCGGGAGUUGCAACAAGAACGCGAAGAACGCGAAGCGGAUCAAAAACCGUCCAAGUCUAUGUUGAACUACCUCAAGGGGCUCGAGAAUCCGCCGACCGAUUUGAUCACCAAAGCCGAAGAACGGUUUGGAGCGACCGAAGCCGCCGCGGAACACGAAUCGAUCGGCCAAAGCAAGCAGCAGCUUCUCGAAGACCUCAAUCGGUGGAAGGAAAUGCACGCUGUGGAAUCCAGUCGGUGCCUUGAUUUAACGCGCCGCAUGGAUGAACAUGAGAAGGAGAAUUCCUCGCUACGAGAGCAGCUGCGGGAAGCGCGGGGUCGCAUUCAGGACACCUAUCGGGAGCGGCAGCGGCUCGAACGCGUGGUGCGCGAGCUGCGCACGGCUCGGAACCCCCGAAGUAGCUCCGAUACACCGACAGAUUAUGGCUCGCCGAUCAGCGAGCCGGGAGAGGGUAUUCCAGGCGGACUGCGGGAGCUGCGACUGGUGCGCACCAACUCGCAGAAGAGCACAUUCACCAGAAGGACCAGCAGUCUCGGCUUGCAGAGCGUCUUGUCGACCGAGAAUAAUAAGCCGGCUGCCGAAGAAGCCUUACUCCUCGAAUUGGUCAAUGCGAAGACGGCCGAGGCGGUUGCUAAGCAGGAACUGGAAGAGACUAAGGUGAAAAUGGAGGGAAUGCGAAAGCUAAUAGCCGCGUCGCAGCAAUCGCUGUCGCAGAAUGGGGAUCGCAAUUCUAUCACUCGAUCCCUAUCGUCUACGGGGAGUCUCCACAAGGCACCCACGGAGCCUGCCACGGGCGGAGGCUUCUUUGGAUGGGGCCGUCGAGCCGCAUCUACCAGUAACGAGCAGUACGUGGAGAAAUAGAUGCGAGGUGUAAAUCGGGUGCACACGUCACAUAUUGGUUGGCUUUGUUCAUACAAUUGUAAUUUUGGCCUUGCAUGGCGGAGUUGGUGUGCGGACUGGUGUUGCAUUUGAUAUCUCUUCAAAUCAUCCAUAUAUCCCUAGUACAUGAUAGGCUGUAUUCUGGUGUACGUACAAUGAUAUUUGAGAGCGAGAUUUGGUACCUUGUCCACCUGUAUAUUGCAUUGACUUGCAUAUAUGUACCACAUAACUAACUAGGAUUAGCUGCCUCACUAUUCAUGAUGGAAGUCGUAUGUCCAAGCUCUAGAUGAAGCUCCAUACAUACACACACGCGCUCAAGUUAUCAGCUUCUUUCACUACUAAUACCUCGCAAAUAUGCGUAGCAUAAGCUUUCC